CUUCUCGUAGUUUCCUGUGUGUGACCGACCUCGCGUCCUCAACGAAAAGCGGUGCUCCUUCGGAGUUCGGACUGUCGUCCCUUGUCGGGAUUUUGUGGCGAAAAUUUCAGAGCCGUAAUUAUGGUUUUCGAGAGGAAAAUGCUCACGUACGGCGACCCCGACGACGAGGAGGAAGAUGGGCCUGCUGAGGAGGAAGAGGAGGAGGAAGAAGAGGAAGAGAUGGUGGAUCCUCUAGAAACGAUACGAGCUAAGUGUGAGCAGACUGAACACUGUGUGCACUACAAGGAGCGUUUGGAGACCUGUGAAGCCCGGGUCAGCUCCAGGUCCAACACUGAGGAGGACUGCACAGAAGAGCUCUUUGACUUCCUGCAUGCACGAGACCAUUGUGUAGCACACAAGCUGUUCCACAACGUGAAAUGACCUGCCUGCACAGUUCCCACCAUUUGCAGCUGUAGAAUCUAUUUAACUGCUAAAAUUGUAAAAUAAUCUGAACAGUUCUGAGCUCUGUUGUUGUUAUUCUCCUGUGUAUUAAUGUAAAUGAAAUAGCAUAGGCUCCUGCAUAAAUACAUGCCACCCUUUUCUCUAUAGACAGUGUAUAUCUUUAGACACGGUCAGAUGCAGUUUGUAAAUUAUGAAUCACUGCUUGUAUGGGUGAUGGGUGCAAAGACACACUUGGAUUAUCCCUCAAUGUGGUCACAUCAUAUGCAAAAGAAAGUAUACUGCUCCAGUAGUGGAGAGGUUACCUCAAGUUUGGGCAUGGAUUCAUUGUUCUGACUGGAAAAUAAAGGUUUUCUUUGGUCUCCA